UGUUUAUGAAACAACAACAGCAGCUUAUCAGCAUUAGCGCCUGCUGCUCGCUCUGCCCCCCCUCCGGGGUGGGUGUGCGUCGGCAACGCUGUUACUGUCUCUUUAAAUUUACCCAGGAGCCCCUUAAGGAGCCCCAGGGGCCCCUAGUCCGGCUCCCCACCCAGAAGACAAGCAAGAACCUUAAAAUACAUGACUGGAGGCCUCAGCUGGACCGAAGCUUUGCUGACUUUCUUUUCGCGCGCGGAUCGAGCGAUUCUAUGAAAAGUUAAGUUGGCUCGCGCGGCGGGGCGCGUGGGAGAAACCCUGGAGAGCUCGGGCUCCAGAACGAUGAGCGCGAGCCAGAUGCGUGUCGAACGGUGCCGCGCGGCGGAACGCGCUCCUGCUGUGACAUGUUGACAUGUCCCGCUCCGCCGCUUCGAGCCGCUGAGGAGGAGGAGGUGGAGGAGGCGGAGGAGGGAGGAAGAAGAGCUACAGCCGCAUCUAGGGCCAGGUCAGUGAUGGAAGAGGAGCCCGUGGACCUCCGCUCCUCCGAACACACUGACUUACUCUCAUUAAUAAUAAGCGGAGAGGAGGAAGCGACGCGCCAGGGGGGCGACUUGGGAGGGGAUAAUCUCGCCAAUGGCCACGGUGGAGAUGACGCUGAGGCGGGGAUGGUCACACCGGUGAGAUCAACCGCCACCAGCUACUGGAGCAUCACCGAGGGCCCCGACCAGCCGCCGCUCCUCUCCCUGGCCCCCGGGCCUUCUGGACGCAAACCCCGGGUCCAGAGAGCGUCACGGUGGGGCCUCAGCAGGAUUCCCGGCCGCGAUCACCGCCGCUACUACCACGAGUACUGGCGCAGCGAAUACCUGAUGGACUUCGACCCCGAGAGGCACAGCAUGAUCUGCAUGGUGUGCGGCAGCUCGCUGGCCACCCUGAAGCUCAGCACCAUCAAGAGACACAUUCGGCAGAAACAUCCCGACUCUCUCCUGUGGAGCGCCGCAGACAAGGAGGUGAUCCGAUCCGGGUGGGAGAGCCACCUGAGCCUGGGGGGGGGUCAGAGGUCAGGUUCUGGACCUCCAGUCCAGGGAGAGGAGGCCUCCAUGGACUUUGGACCGAAUGUCGGAGAAAGUCCAGAUGCGGCCCCGCUCCCCCCCGCUCUGACCCCACAGAGCGUAGAGGAGGAGCCAGAGGCCCCCGGGCCGUCGGCGCGGACCUUGGAGCGCUACCUGAACGACUCGCUGCACGCUUGGUUCCGGCAGGAGUUCCUGAUGGAGUACGAGGCGGAGGCCGGCCGCCUGCUCUGCAUGGUGUGCGGGGCGGAGCUUCCGUCGCUCCACCUGGAUCACAUCAAGAGCCACGUGCUGCAGACGCACCCCAACUCGCUGGUGUUCAGCUCGGAGGAGAAGCACUGCAUCCUGCAGGCCUGGGCCCAGAGCCACGGCGAGUCCCACUCGGCCAGAGCCGAGCCCACAGCAAACGCCAAAGGAAAGGGGGCGGAGCUUCUCUCAGGAGACCUUCAGGCCAACCAGACCGACGCGGACGAGUCCCCGGAGGGCGACGGCGCUUUAACUCAGGAUAUCCGCCUGAUUGGUGAGGACGGAGGGGUCGGGGCCCCUCGGCCCGCGGCCCCGCCUCUCCGGCAGCCCAGGAAGCGGCGGCUGCGAGGCGGGGACCCCUGGCGGCUCCGCCUGGACUACCUGGUGGCCUACGGGCCCCAGGACCAGGGCAUCUUCUGCAUGGUGUGUUCUCAGGUGUUAAAGGAGAGCAAGGUGAGCAGCUUCCGCCGCCACAUCCAGGAGUGCCACCCUGAGACCACGGCCCUGAGCCGCCAGGAGCGAGAAGCCAUGGCCGCCGCCUGGACCAAAGACUCCUCUGCUGACGGCCUGCAGGCAGCAGACGAAUUAAACCGCAGUGAAUCCGUCGCCUUCAGCACAACCAAAGGAGGGAACGAGGACGCCGCCUGUGAUGUCACAGCGCCCCCGAAUGACGACGAGGGCGCGAGUGCAGAGAGGAGCAAGUCCAGCAGCUCCGGCAUGGCGGGGGCGGCGGCGGCUCGUCACGGACAUUACCCCGGGAAGGACCAGAGGAGGAACUACCAGGCACGCUGGCGAGUGGAGUAUCUGAUGGACUAUGACGGCAGGAGACACGGUCUGAUCUGCAUGGUGUGCGGCGCCGCUCUGGCCACGCUGAAGGUCAGCACCAUCAAGCGGCACAUCCUGCAGGUGCAUCCGCACUCCCUGCUGUACGGCGCCGAGGAGAAGGAGCGAACCGUGCUGAGCUACGGUCAGAGCGCCCUGCAGCUCCUUCACUCUGAAGACUGCUUCCCCUCCCAGGACCCCGGGGCCCCCUCCUCACCCGCACAGCUCGGCACUUAGAAACCGCCGCAGGAAGGAAACCGGAAACCUCAGAGUGAGAGUAGAGUGGGAGGAAGGUCACGCCUAGAUUCACUGAUGGUUAAAGUCCAGGGACUCAUCCAGGGUCUGGAAAGCAAAACCAUAGUUAAUGUAGGAGCGAAAACCAUGGUUUAUGACAUCACAGCGUCACGCCGCAGGUUAGAUCACUGGGGGGGCGUUUCCAGUCCCUCGGUCCGACACGCUGCGUCCUGAGGAGGCAGUUCAGCCAUUUUAUCCAGGCGUGUCUGUCCCGCGAUGAAUAAUGACAGUUUGGUGUUUGGACUGAAAAAUUCAAGGCGUUCCGUUCAGGAACCGUAGUAUGGGGAUAAAUUCGAGCCAUAAAUUUGUUUAAAAACAUUUUUUAUACUGUUGAAAAAAAUUCAACAAAGAAUGUUUGGAAUCUCAAAAAAA